CCACCACAUGGGGGUCUAAAGUGGACAGGUUCCUAAAAGGCUAUCCAAUGACACUUGUUAGCACCGGAGGCAACUGGCAGAGCUGUAAAAAGUCCAAAAAAGGUGGUGAAUGCAGGAGUACGCAUGCGCAAAGACCAACCUCCAGAGCUGGGAACGAUGUCAGAAAUACCUUCAGUCCAUCAUUGCCCUACUCCGAGCCUGGAGAACAGCCGGAGAAUCUUCUGUUUCUGGAAGAUGACAACUGAGAAAUCAGUGGCGGAUUUAGGUGAACAUUAGGGAGGAAGGUAAAAAAAAAAGCAAGUAAUGGAGUAUUGAGAAGGAAUUUUAACUGAAGUCGUAAAGAAAGGAAGAAAGGGGGGAUUUGGCCAAAAUGCGCGCGGAGUUUGAGCGGGUGGAUUACACGCCAGAAGCCCGUGUUGGUUUCGCUCUGUCUCUGGGGGAAGACAUUUGAGAAGAUCGUUUUGGAGGACGGACCCACCCACACACACACACGCACGCACGCACACACACACACACACACACACACACACACAGCCUCGCUUCCGCAGUGCAGAAGUUUGCAGCUUUGCAAAGCUUGAUGCACAAUUUGCCAGAAGUUUUUUUUAACACUGGAUCUUCCUUUGUUUAAUGCUUUGAUAAUAGCCACUAAGAAACACACCAGUUUGAAUAUGAUGCAGACUUUCAUUCAAACUCGUGCAAACUCGCUGGAAGUCUCAUGACAGCUGUUUCGGACACAAUGGAUACUUGUGGAUGUCUUGAUAUGGAUUUACUGCCUGUGUGUUUACGGAUCUAGUCAUUUCUGGGCUCUCCGACAAAUGACCGACACGUUUUUAAAGUUCCUUCUCACCGUCCUUACCCAUCCUUCAUCUAUUUAUCAAAUUAUUUACGCUUCCAUAAAGCCGUAACUGCGGCAGCAUGCAAACCGCGGGGUUCCCGAUGGCCCUUGCGGUGCUUUUGACCAUGUUAACGGUGAUGGACGUGAAGGCGAGCGGGGAGUACUGCCACGGCUGGCGGGAUCCACAGGGCGCUUGGCGGGACGGUUUCCAAUGUCCUGAGCGCUACGACGGCGCCGAGGCGAUUAUCUGCUGCGGCAAGUGCGAGCUGCGUUACUGCUGCUCCAGCAUCGAGGCCAGGCUCGACCAGGGCACCUGUGACAACGACAAGCGGGGCAGAGAAGAGCCGGGUGCGGGCCACGAGGAGGGCAAAAAUUCCGGUGCAGUGCCAAUCUAUGUGCCUUUCCUGAUCGUUGGGUCUGUCUUCGUGGCAUUCGUCUUGCUUGGCGCUGUGGUCGCCGUGUGUUGCUGUCGUUGCCUUCGACCCAAACAAGAACCUGCCUCUGGUGGUGGGCGUCUCCUGGAGUCUAUCCCCAUGAUGACCUCAAGGGGUUCCUCCUCCCGUCAAUCGAGCACAGCCACCUCGUCCAGCUCUUCAGCCCCACCCGCUGUCACUCGCCCUAUCCCUGGCCCUCCUCCGGCCUCAAUUUUGCGCACCCAGGCCUCGUGCUGCCUGCCGCCAGAUGCCAGCGUUUAUGUCAACAUGCCCACUAACUUUUCAGUGUUGAACUGCCAGCAGGCGACACAAAUCAUGCCCCAUCAGGGUCAGUUCCUGCAUCCUCAAUACGUUGGUUACGCCCAUGCAGUCUCACCCACCCCGGCCUUCCUGGACCCUACGCAGGCCUACAGGCCUCUGCAGUCUCCAUUUCCUCCCACAAGUGUGACAAGCAUGACAAGUGUGACAAGCAUCAGCGCAGAGCAGAAGCAGCCAGCCGUGACUAUAUGAGAGACUCUUUGUAUAUGUGAGUCAUACGACGAAGGAGUAAACGAACAGUUAUUAGGACGCUGAAUCCCAGGUCAGUUCAGGGCGAGACGCAGUGUUGUGCGUGUCAUGUGCGCUGCAGACAGUGUGUUCACUGUUUGUGUUGAGAGGAUAGCCAUCCAUUCACUCUAUCAGCACACAUCAUGGAGAAAGUGGAUCCUGUGCCAAUGCUGUCUCCUUAGGUGCCUGGCCCAUUUGCUAAAAAGUUUUUACUCCUAGAAUCUCUACCUAAGGUGGUAGCCCCCAUCAGAUGUGCCAAUAUAUGUUCAUUUUCUUACAGUAAAGAUAAAUAAAUACUAGACCCCAAUUAGUAGGUGACUACUGAAGCCAUUAUUCCACAGUGCCUCAACCCCAGAAGAAAGUGCCCCAUCUACACCUGACUUGCCUUCAUUUUUUUAAAAUGAUUUUUGUUUUCUAAAUAACUGAAGGUAUAUGAUUAUUUUUCCUAAUAUAAUGUAUUUUUUUUUUUUGAUUUGUAAAUUGAAAUAAUAAAA